AUGGACAAUCAGACCCAAUCAUUCCUGGAACUGACUGCCAUGAAUGAUCUGGUCCAACUUGCAGCCGACACAAGAGCGGCCUGGUUGUGGUCUGCCGAUGGCGCAAAAAUCCUGUGGUCGAAUGCCGCCGGCGCGGCGUUUUUUUCCGCGCAAUCCGUAUCCGACCUCAAGGGUCUGUCUGCGCUGGAACGAUCGCCUGCACGCCCUCACAUUGCCCGUAUCGCCGAUUCCGGCCUGACCGACAGAUUCAGCAUCGACCGGUUGAGGUUCUACCGUGGUCUCCGGGUCAUGCUUCUGACUUGCCAGUGCAAGCGGGUUGAACUGAACGGUGGCGAUACCGCGGCGCUGAUCGUUUGCAGCGACAAGGGACUUGAGAUGACCAAGGACCCCAUUCCCGCAUUCGCCAGUCUUCUCAAAUCCGACAAGUCGACGGUCUUCCUGAUUUCCGGAGGAAAUGACAAAGAGACAUUCGGUGAACUUGACGGUGUUCCGGAAGACAUUGCCCUGCCGCAGGAUCAAAAGGUCCUGUUUGGCCCGCUCGACCUGAACGGCCGCUUUCACGACGGCGGCGUUCUGCAGAUACCGGCCGGUCCGCGGAUCGUUGUCUUGAGCAAUGACCCGGUCAGCGAAGAUGAUACACCGGACACAACGGCUGGUGCCGUGGAACACCUGCCCGUUCCACAGUCUGUCUCGCUUGCAUCCGAUGCUGACCCCGCUGAGCGUCCGUUGGAUGAAACGGGUCAGGAUCCCGGCGACGACCAUUCAUCUGUAAACGAUGCCGCUGGCGAUAAAGAUCACCACAAUGAUGAUGGCGCAGGGCAGUCGUUGGAAAAGUCUUCCGUCCCGGCUGAGACCGACAGGGGCCCCGAAUUGCCGGCCGAAGCAUCAGAGCCGGUUACUGAAUCCGAUAACGACGCCGACGAGUUUGCAGAUGAUCAACCGGACGCGCAUGACAACCAUGUUCCCGGAGAAGUGGGCCAUCAGACUAUAGAACCUGCGGCCGCCGAAUUCGAUGAAACGGAUGAAACUUUACGCGAAGAAGUCCCCACGGAAGCGGAGGGAACUCCAGAGGACGAAGCCGGCGACGAACAGGCUCCAACCACUUCCGAUGUGUCAGACGAGCAGGUUGCUGUCCCUGAAGGCUUCGUGUUCCAGCCGCGCCGGCGGCCUGUGCGAUUUGCCUGGAAGAUGGAUGUUGACCAGUGCUUCACGUUCCUGUCCGACGAAUUCGCCGAAGUGCUGGGCCCGGAUGCGACGAAUAUUGUCGGAUCGUCCUGGGAAGAGGUGUCAGAAAAGUUUGGACUGGACCCGCGGGGCAACAUUGCCCGGGCGCUGGACAGGCGCGACACCUGGAGCGGUAAAACCGUAGCAUGGCCCGUGAGUGGUGCUGCACUCCGCGUACCGGUGGAUAUGGCCGCGCUUCCUGCUUUCGAUCGUGACCGGAAGUUUGAGGGCUAUCGUGGCUUCGGAGUCUGCAGGACAUCUGACGCCGUUCAGGAUCCCGACGGCUUCAUCCCGUUGCCCGUUCCCGCCCCGGUGUUCGACGAGCCAGUGGACGAAGAUGCCGACACUGGCGACAUGCAGACACGCAGCCGGGAAACCGACGACGAACUCGAGACUGCGGCUGAUGAUGGCGAUACGGCUCAGAGCGAUGAUGAAAAUCAAGCGCAAAUGAAUGAUGCGCUGGUAGCCGAUGACGAAGACGAGUUGGCCGGAAGCGAAGAGGUAGAAGAUCCGAAUUUGGAUAUCCGCCUUGCAGACGCAGACACUAUUGCCGAUGACGAUGCUGAAAGCCCAGCAGCUGAUGGCGAAGACGACGGAUCCGACGAAGUUGCCAGCCUAGACGCUUCGGGACCUGUCGCAGUCGAUGACGUCGAAGCCUUGGAAGACCAGAUAGACGCGCAAUCGCCUGAAGUGAACGCGUCGGAAGAAGCCGAAAAAGAGGGUACGGCAGAGACAUACGUCCCGGUCAAUGAAAAUCCUGAAGGCGGAGACCUGAAGGACCUGAAACCCGCGCAGCCGAAUUCGCUCGGCGGCAGAACAUUCCUGGGCGCCAGCGCAGCUGCGUUGGUUGGUUCUCUUGCAAUGUUCAAAGGCAAGAAAGGGUCGAAGCCCCUGGAUACCGCCCUUGACGGUGCGGUGCCGUCGCCAGAAGAAAAGAGGGCGGAAAACGAACAUUCCGGCGGAGCGGUGGUGCCCGGGUCCGGAACGACGGAACCAGCGACACCUGACGCGCUCAACCUGUCCGAAGACCUGAAAAACGCUGCGGCGGCGCUGGAUGCGGGCCUAUCAGAAAACCUUUCCGGAGAAACUGACGGGGAGCAGAACGCAGAUAACCCGUCAGACACAUCUGAACUGGAAGCAGAGACUGCUCCUGUCGAUCCGGAGGACGUAUCGGAUCAGCCGACGGCACAGGCGCAAUCGGACGAAGCGGUUGAGGCUGAUCAGGCUGAGAACGACGAUGACGAGCCCGCUGCCAAGGCAGGCGAGAUCAACUUCGACCUGUCGACCAGUGAGGAAACCACUGCGGACGAACAAGACUACAAGCACGAAAACGGCACCUAUAUUGCCGAGGUUGCCGUUCAAGACGGUGCGGAAGAAGAAGCUGAGAAGACAGAGGCGCACCCAGAAAAUACUGCAGCUGAAGAGCCCGUCGGGAUCGCAGGUCCGGCUGAACUGAAACCCUCCGAGAUCGAGAGCGCUGUGAAAACGCUGGCGAAGUCUUACAAACCGGCUGAAAAACGGUCUCCGGAUCUUUUUGACGAAGGGCCGGACGUGCACGCCGAUACCGCGCCCGAUGCCGAGGAAGCUGUUGCGGAGACUGUUGAGGAGACUAUUGCGACCGAACCGAACACCGGCGACCAGGCAGAUGACGUCUCCGAAACAGAAGAUCUUGCAAGCGACGAGCCUUCCGAGAGCGUCAGCCUCGACGAAGAGACCGGUGACGACGCUUCUCCAAACAGCGAAGAAGAAGAUCCGGCUGCCGAGGAAGAGCGCGAAUUCUUUGAAGAGACCGCCGCAUUCGAACAGGAAGACCGGGCGGCCGAAGCAGACGCAUCUCCACCGGCGGAGCCGGAGAGAAAGAGCGGUGAGGUCAUUCCACUCGCAACUGCCCGUCCGCGCGUCGUCCCCGUCGACACUUCAUCACUGUCGCGUCCGGAGAGACAGGCAUUCCGCAAGAUAGCGGAAGCGCUCGGUGCUCGGCUGGAAGGCGACAUGGAGGAAUUUGAAGCUCCGGAUCCGGAAGAAGAAGCGCUCGAGGACUUGCCGCCUGAUGUUCCAGAGGCAGGUCCGAUCGAUCCAAGUCUGCUUGACCGGUUGCCGAUCGGCAUUUCGAUCGUUCACGACCGCGAAGUGCUCUACGCCAACAAGGCGCUUCUGAAGAUGCUUGGUUACACUUCCAUUGCGGCCCUGUCAGAAGCCGGAGGCCUGGAAGCCCUGUUCAUCGAUGACACCGAUGAGCUGGGGGAUGGAAUCGGGAUCGAUGAUGAAAUCGACGAAGCCAUGAAGAUGCGUGUCGCAGAUGGCGGUGUCCUUACCGUUGAUGCGCAUAUGCACUCGGUGCCGUGGAACGGUACCCGCGGGUUGAUGAUUUCGAUCAGCGAACGCCAACAGAAGCAGAUACCCCCGACCGUUGCUCCUGCAUCGCCGAAUUUCUUUGCAGGUGUCCGGGCCGAGCUCGACAAUGCCCACGACCAGAUUGCCGAGCUGGAUACCAUUCUGGAGACCGCCACCGACGGCGUCCUUGUCCUUGACCGGCAUGGAACGAUCGUGAAAGUCAACGGAUCCGCGGAAGCUCUUUUCAGCGCCAACCGUGCAGACAUGAUAGGUGCUCCCUUUAUCGAGUUUCUGGCGCCGGAAAGCCAUCGGGCCGCGAGCGACUACCUUGACGGCCUGUCCCGCAAUGGGGUCGCCAGCAUAUUGAAUGACGGACGAGAAGUGCUCGGUCAGGUGCCCACGGGUGGGUUGAUCCCGCUUUUCAUGACCAUGGGGCGGAUCACCAGCAGCAAGGAAGAAGCCAAAUUCUGUGCGGUGUUGCGCGACAUCACCCAGUGGAAGACCGCAGAGGAAGAGCUGACGCAGGCCAAGCGGCAAGCCGAAAAUGCCAGCUCUCAGAAGUCCGACUUCCUGGCCAAGAUCAGCCAUGAGAUCAGAACGCCGCUUAAUGCGAUCAUCGGAUUUUCGGAAGUGAUGAUGGAGGAACGGUUCGGAGCGAUCGGCAACGACCGUUACAAGGACUAUCUGAAGGACAUCCGGACGUCCGGUUCGCACAUCAUGAGCCUGAUCAAUGACCUCCUUGAUCUUUCGAAAAUCGAAGCCGGAAAGCUCGAUCUCAAAUUCUCGGCCGUCUCGACAAAUGAAGUCAUCAACGAAUGUGUCGCCCUGAUGCAGCCCCAGGCCAACCGGGAGAGGGUGAUCAUCCGGGCAAGCCUGCCGGAAUCCGUUCCCGAUAUUGUCGCCGAUCCGCGCUCGCUGCGCCAGAUUGUGCUGAACCUGUUGUCCAACGGCAUCAAGUACAACAAGUCCGGAGGCCAGGUGAUCCUGUCGACCGCGCUUGAAAGCAACGGCGAAGUUGCGCUCAGGGUACGCGAUACAGGUGCCCUUGCCCUGACCACCGCAGCCUUUGCUGCAGCACCGGCUCUUGCCGACGGGGAAGUGAAUAUCUAUUCCUACCGCCAGCCGUUUCUGAUCCAGCCGUUACUGGAUGCCUUUACCGCUGACACAGGUAUCAAGACCAACGUUGUUUUUGCCUCCAAGGGCCUUGGCGAGCGCAUUGCCGCGGAGGGCGACAAUUCCCCUGCCGACGUGCUUCUGACCGUCGAUAUCGGCCGUCUGGACGGCGCCAAGCAGCUCGGUAUCACGCAGCCGGUUGUCUCCGACGUCGUCGACGGCAAUAUUCCCGCGCAGUUCCGUGAUCCGGAAGGCCACUGGAUCGGACUGACAAAUCGUGCACGCGUUGUUUAUGCGUCGAAGGAUCGUGUCGACCAGGACACCAUUACCUAUGAAGAUCUCGCCGAUCCGAAAUGGAAAGGCCGCCUCUGCACAAGAUCCGGACAGCACGUCUAUACCAUCGGCCUGAUCGCAUCGAUGGUCGCCCAUCACGGUGCCGAAAAAACCGAAGAGUGGCUGGCAGGUGUGCGCGAAAACCUGGCCCGCAAGCCGGCCGGCAACGACCGUGCACAGGUGAAGGCAAUCUUUGCCGGCGAAUGUGAUAUCGCCAUCGGCAACACCUACUACAUGGGCAAGAUGGAAACGAACGACAAAGAGCCGGAACAGAAAGAGUGGGCCAACUCGGUGCGCAUCCUGUUCCCGAAUGCCGACGCGCGUGGCACACACGUAAAUCUGGCAGGCAUUGUUCUGGCGAAAAAUGCACCAAACAAGGACAACGCCGUAAAAUUGAUCGAAUUCCUGUCUUCCAGCAACGCGCAGCAAAUUUAUGCGGAAACCAAUUUCGAAUAUCCGGUGACACCGGGUGUGGAAGUUUCCGAGCGAGUUCAAAGCUGGGGUGAGCUGACGCCGGACGACCUUUCGCUUGCCGAUAUUGCCAAGAACCGCAAGACGGCCAGUGAACUGGUCGACAAGGUUGGAUUCGACAACGGCCCGGCCUCCUGA